AUGGUUACCUCUACAGCCGCCGACCCCCAGUGCGUCCACGCCAUGGUCGCUGAAGACGUUCUCAAGUUUAUGUGUGGCCUCAUGGUUUACGUCUGGUUCGCGAUGGAUGCCUUCUUCAACAUGACCAGCGAGAACAAGUUCCCAGCGGUGUUGGCGUGGCUAGUGCUCAUUCCGAUCAGUCUAUUUCUCCUUACAAACAUCGUCAUUGUGCACGUAGACGCGAUCUCCAGGAAAUACAAACUCGACAACGACGCCGUCACCGGGCUCCAAUACAUACUCGGUUGCAUCUACGUACCGGCCACCUACUGGUCUGGUCUUCCUUCUUUCUGCUACCGGUAA